GUAACUCUUUCUUACCUUUCCUCUCUAUUUCGAUCUCAUUCUCAUUAGUUUUCAAUCUGAUGUGGCUCUCCGGGGGGCUCCGGAUGACACCGGCGUGACGAGGAGGCCGACAGCAUCGCGUGAUUGGCAGGUGACGUGAUUGACGUCCACAAGGUGGCACGGGGAAGACGGGUGAAGAGGCAGGUGUGCAGGAACACCAGCAUGGCUGUAGAAAGCUUUCCUGAACUCCUUCAGAAACUGCGGGAAGUCCAUGAACAUGAGUUAGAGGGAUGGCAAGAGAAAGUACUGGAGCUGACAAAUAAAAAGAAUAUGUGAGUGUGAAUCCUAUAUUUUUCAAGCUAAAAUUGACUGACACGAUAUGAGAUCGACCUCAAUAAUGUUUUACGUGCGUUUUCUGGUAGUGAUGCGAAGCGCAUAGAAGAGCUUUACAACAGGAACCAGCAGAUGAAAGAACAGCAGCGGAUUCUUACUGAGAACAUCAAACAGCUGGAGAACAGGUUGCGGGCCGGGUUGUGUGACAGGUGUACAGUCACUCAGGAUAUGGCUAAAAAAAGACAACUGAAGUAUGAAUCCUCCCAGCUCCAGAGUCUGCAGCACAUCUCUCUACUGGUGAGUGAGAUGAAUGCACUAAAGAAAGAAAACGACAGCCUGAGAGAGGAGCUGAAGGGCUUGAGGCAUCCAUCAAAUCGGCAGAAUGGUCAUUCAGAGGAUGCUAUCACCCCAGAGGUCAAGGUAUCACCUGACACAGCAGUAGCUGCCGUGACUUUACUGGCCUCAGGACUGAAGUCCAGCCAGCCUCCAGCAGGGGACGCCACGGUACCUGCAGCCACUGUCAAGCGUGAGAUGGACAACAGCCCGACCGACAGCCUGGAAAAGGCUACUGAACACAAACUUAUGCAAAGCUGGGGCAGGGCGUUUUCAUUUGAGUCGAAUAAACCCAUGCUGCCCACCUCAAGAUGGGGCACAGACCACAGUGCUGAAAGAAGAUCUUCCAGCGUGGACUCGGUCGAGCACAGACAUUCCCCUUUGUCUCCUUCUCUUCCAUCUCCUCUUAGUCUACUGAAGAGCAAUCCUAUUUUUUCUUCUGUUGCCUCUGAGGAGCGUAGCAGCCGGCAACAAAUCCACGCCCCCGUCCCCUUCCGGCCACUUCCAAUCAAGACCACUCGCUUGUCUAUCCCGUGGACGCUCUCAGAAUCUACCGACUGGGUAACGGUAGCAGCGGGCGGCUCUGGCGCCGGUAGUGGGAUAACAGUGCACCCAAGCCAGACUCCAAUUCCCAGCUCAAACAUACUGCGCUUCCCUAAACUGGUCCCACCAAGCAGCAGCCACCAGUCUCGCACACAUGGCCCGACACCUAGCGCUCUGCGGCCCUGGUCCCGCAGGAACCUGUCAGAGCAUGCGGAGAGUAGAGAAAAGAGAGCGACGGAAGCCGUUGCAGCGCCGCCCCAGUGGAAGGUCACGGCAACGCAGCCGGAAAGGAUUUUUGGAGAGAAUCUGAGAGAGGAGGAAGAGGAAGCACCGUUAGACCUGUCUGAGUCUGGACGUUCAAAAAACAAAGAGAAAGAGAAGAUACACUCACAGAGCGACGCAUCUUCAUCUUCAUCUUCCUCACCACCUGCAACGCUUUCCUCUUCAUCUCAAUGCCCAUCAAGCCCUCUAAGCGACCAGCAGACAGCAGACAACAAUACACAGCAGGAGGAAGCGCAGGAAACGUGUGAGGAACAGGAAGAGGUAAAGGAAGAUGAAACAUCUCCAGCAGCUGAAACGUCUGUCGGCUCAGAGAAGAAGAAAAUCCCACCGCUAACCAUUUCCCUGCAACCAGUUGUGGUAAUGGAGACGCUUAAAUCAGGAGUACAGUUUCCCGAUCAUGGAAGCAGACCAAUGGAGCACGAGGAGAAAGAGAACAAUAACCUUGAAGCAAGCAGAAAAAGAUUUGGGCAGGAUACUGAUGCUUUUUCCCAGCGCUCGCUAAAUGAGAAGAAAAUUCGGCUGAGCAGGGGACCUCAAGGAAGCCAUGCAGACUCAGAGCAAGGAUGCCUCAACAUGGGCUGUGUGGGGACCAAACCGGAGCAGGAUCCUAUUGGCAAAUCGAUGGGGAGCGAUGACAACCGCAACCAGACGGCACAUUACACCAAAGACCCAACGGCGGGCUCCAAAGCUAACAGAAUGGCCUCUAACCCAGCUUCUGGAUCGGAUGCUUCAGAGAACAUUGCCAUAGCUCUGUAUGACUACGAAGCUAUGCACGAAGGUGACCUGGGCUUCAAGAAAGGAGACAGAAUCAGAAUCCUUCAGGAGUCAGGCGAAUGGUGGAAAGCAGCAUCCAUCAGCACUGGUCAGGAAGGCUUCAUCCCCAGUAACUAUGUUGCCAAGGAUACUCUGGAAACUGAAGAUUGGUUUUUUAAAGGUGUCAGCAGAAAGGAUGCAGAGAGACAGCUGCUGGCAUCUGGAAACAAAAUAGGAUCUUACAUGAUCAGAGACAGUGAAACCACCAAGGGAAGCUACUCUCUGUCUGUCAGAGACUGCGACCAAACAGGAGACACGGUGAAGCAUUAUAAGAUCCGCACGCUCGAUAAUGGCGGUUUCUAUAUUUCUCCACGUAUCACCUUCAACACUCUGCAGGAUCUGGUCAGCCACUACAAGAAGCAGAGCGAUGGGUUGUGCCAGUCUCUCACUGUCGCCUGUCUGAGUCCCAAACCUCAGAAACCUUGGGAGAAAGAUGCCUGGGAGAUCCCACGCGAGUCCCUCAAACUGGAUAAACGUCUGGGAGCAGGCCAGUUUGGAGAGGUCUGGAUGGCAACAUACAACAAGCACACAAAAGUGGCAGUGAAGACAAUGAAGCCUGGCAGCAUGUCUGUGGAAGCUUUCCUCAUGGAGGCCAACUUGAUGAAAUCCCUCCAGCACGACAAACUGGUCCGUCUCAACGCUGUGGUCACCAAAGAAGAGCCCAUAUACAUCAUUACAGAGUUCAUGGAGAAAGGCAGCUUACUGGACUUCAUCAAGAGCGAUGAAGGGAAUCGUGUCCAGUUGCCCAAACUGAUUGACUUCUCAGCACAGAUAGCAGAAGGCAUGGCUUACAUCGAGCAGAGAAACUACAUUCACAGAGACCUUCGCGCUGCCAACAUCCUGGUCAACAAGAGUUUAGUGUGUAAGAUCGCUGAUUUCGGACUGGCCCGUAUCAUAGAGGACAACGAAUACACCGCCAGAGAAGGUGCAAAGUUCCCCAUAAAAUGGACCGCUCCAGAGGCCAUAAACUAUGGUUCCUUCACCAUUAAAUCAGACGUGUGGUCCUUCGGCAUUCUGCUCACUGAAAUCAUUAGCUACGGCCGCACACCGUAUCCAGGUAUGACAAAUCCAGAGGUGAUCCGUGCUCUGGAGAGAGGUUACCGUAUGCAGCGUCUGGACUCCUGUCCUCAAGAGCUCUACGACAUCAUGCUGGAGUGCUGGAAGAACAAGCCUGAGGACAGACCCACCUUUGAGUACCUGCAAAGCGUGCUGGAGGACUUUUACACUGCCACAGAGAGCCAGUAUCAGCAACAGCCUUGAGACACACACACACACACACCUUGACACGACCUUGAUCUUGCAUAAACCCCAUUUAUCAGGAAGAAAUGUACACAUAUGUAACUUAUCCAUGCCGACCUGUUGACUUUAUACAUAUGUAGUGAAAUUAAAUGUGAAAAGUUAUAGUGUGUUAUUUAAUGAUAUGUAAAUGAAUGCAAUUUCAAAAUCUUAGCAAUAGCAGUUUCAUUCCUAUCAGCCUUUUGCCUUACAAUGAGUGUUGCACAACACAAGCUAUAUGAAGUUAGGACUUUAAUAUGAAACGUGAGAAAUUAUAUUUUUUUUCCAUGUUAUAACUUUUCUGAUUUACUUUUAAAAUCCUGAUGGCGGAUGUCUUUUAGAGCUAAUCAUAUGUGUGUGUGUGUGUAUUGUAUAUAUAUAAAAGAAAUUGUAGCUAUGAUUGCUUAAGAAAAGAUAAUUUUAAACCUUCAACCUACAUUAGGUUUUAAGUUAUUGUGGAUUAGAAAAUGUAUAUACACUUGCUCACAAAAAAAAAGGUAAAGAUUUUAUUGAAAUCAUUGCUCCAAACAUUUCAGAAAAAAAGCAUCUGUACCUAUAAGGUAGUUAUGAAUACUUCUUUGAGUCACUGUGUAUUAUAUUAUGAAGUUGUAAGUUCAGGCUUCAUUUCUCCAGAUUUUCAGGUCAUUUGAAAUGUAUCUUACUUGUAUAUCUUCUGUUCUGUAUAUUUGUUUGAAAUUUUGUGCAAUAAUAGUAAACCGUGUAAGUGACAUUCUAUUUUCCUUUAAAGGACCUUAGCUGUGGCUUCUUUAAAAAUUUAUCCAGCUGUUUUUCAGCACACUUUUCCAUGAUGUAAAAUCGAUGUAAAAGAGUUGCCUAUGAAUAAAUGUAUGCGUGUAUGUAUGUGGUUACAAUUAGUCCAUAAAACAAAUAAAUUAAUUUCCAUUUUAA